AUGGCCGUCUCUGGCUCAUCAAAGAACAAAAAGGCCCCAGGAGACGAUGAGGAGGAAGUGCCCAAAUUGAACGAAGAUCUCGAGCAGGCGUUGGAUAACGCAGAUGAACUAGAUGGUGAUGAAUCGACCUCCUCUUCAUCGGAUGAGGAUUCGGAUGCCGAGAUGCUCACUGAGGAUGUCGAGAAGAAGAUUAUGGAUACUCUGAAUCGCAUCAAGAGCCACGACCCAACUCUCAAGGAUAGCAAGGAGGCGGUGUUCAAGGAUGAUGACUUCGAGGUUGAAGGGGACGGGCAGAAGAAAAAGAAGUCUAAGAAAUUAACUCACAAAGAGCUCAUGAGGAAGCGGCUUCUCGAGGAGGGUGCCGAGGCCGCAGUGGAAGACGAGGACGAAGAGAAGCAGGUAGCUCAGACUUCCCGGCAGGCAGGGGAGGAUGCUAGGAGGGCGCUGAUGGACGCAAUGGGUGUAGAGGAAGACGAUGGGGAGAGCGCUGGGAACGAUAGCGACGAUGACUUGUUCACCGUUAGAGACAAGACUAUGGAAGAGAAAGAUGUUGAGGAUCGCGAAUAUAAAAAGUGGGAGCGGGGCCAGCUGGCAAAGGCAGCAAACGAAGGGAAUGAACAGAUCCUGAUGGAAAGAUACUUCCGGGACUCGGACGAGAUGGGCGAUAAUAAACUGGAUGACGAGGAUGCUUUCCUGAGGGACUACAUUAUGAACAAAGGCUGGCUGGAGAAGGAGUCUAUGCAACCCAAUGAGCGUGAUUCGGACGAUUCUGAUGACGAGCUUGACCGCGAGGACGACUUUGAGCGGGAAUAUAACUUCAGGUUUGAGGAGGACAAGGGAUCGAGUCUCGUCGGGCACAGUCGAACGGUGACUGAUAGUGUACGUGUGAAAGACGAUAAACGGAAGAGGAAGAGGCAGGAGAAGGAGGCGCGCAAGGCCGAGGAGAAAGCGAAACGAGCUGAGGAGUUGAAGCGACUGAAGAACAUGAAGCGGCAGGAGAUUCAACGACGACUCGAGGUCAUCGCGAAGGUGACGGGAAGUUCCGCACCGAAACUCGCGGGGAGCGGGGAGGAGCUGCUUGAUGCCGAGUGGGACCCCCAGGCACAUGAUCAGUUGAUGCGGGAGACAGUGCUGGGUGACGGAUACGAUGAACAGGAGGAGACAGAGGAAAGUGUUGAGGAGAAAAGUCCCGAGGAGAGCAACGAGAGCACUGCCGGCUUCGCUAAUGAUGAAUCUACGCAAUGGGGACAAUGGGACGGGUUGGAGGCUCAGGACGAGGCCGAGCGAGAGGAGCAGGAUGACGAGCAUGAGUGGUGGUUGUGUGACGGCUGCCAGAAGCCCGUGCUGCCAGGGAAGAGGAUUUUCCAAUGCAAGCAAUGUGAGGAUUAUGUACUGUGUCAACCUUGUCAUAAGAACACGACUCAUCGUCACGCAUUCGUCAAGUCUCGAGUGCCUGAAGGUUGCGAACCCCCAGAGGGCAUCGAGCAGAUGCUGAAUAAAGAGAAGGAAGAGGAGUACGAGAUGGACUUUGAGGAUAUGAUCGGUGAUAUGCCUACUCGGUUCAAGUACCGGAAAGUUGAAGCCGGUGCGGUUCACAAUCUCAGCGUAGAGGACAUUAUCCACAAGUCCGACAAGGAGCUGAACCAGAUCGCGUCACUAAAACUGUAUGCCCCUUAUCUCGACGAGGGCCCUCGAGAACCCAAACGAGAGGGCAGUGGUGGCCCUGUGAGUUCCGAUCACCAAGGGAAAGGCGGGAAAGGUGGCAAGGGGAAGGGAGGCAAAGGAGGCAAAGGAAAGGGGAAAGGGAAAGGAGCUGCUAUGGCGUCGAGGGCUGAAGCUUAUGGAAUAUCGAAGAGGAAGAUUCAGAAAUCGACCAACGUCAAGAAGCGAUAA